CGCCGCUGCUGCCGCCCCGGUACCGCUCCUCACCGCCAUCCCCAGCCCCGUCCCGGCCCCGCGGCGAUGUCCGAGCGGCAGCGGUCCCGGCGCGGCCCCAGCCGGCACUCGGGGCGCUGCGCCGGGCCCUGAGCGCCCGCGGCCCCGCAGAGCCGCGGCCGGCGAGGCCCGGAGCGCCCGGCCGAGGAUGGGGAUCCUCUUCACCAGGAUAUGGAGGCUUUUCAACCACCAGGAGCACAAAGUGAUCAUUGUGGGCCUGGACAAUGCAGGGAAAACAACCAUUCUGUACCAAUUCUCCAUGAACGAGGUGGUUCACACCUCUCCCACCAUCGGGAGCAACGUGGAGGAGAUCGUGGUGAACAACACGCGCUUCCUGAUGUGGGACAUCGGGGGCCAGGAGUCCCUGCGCUCCUCCUGGAACACCUACUACACCAACACCGAGUUUGUGAUAGUUGUGGUGGACAGCACAGACAGAGAGAGGAUUUCUGUGACUAAAGAAGAGCUGUAUAAAAUGUUAGCACACGAGGACUUGAAGAAAGCAGGAUUGCUGAUCUUUGCUAACAAGCAGGAUGUGAAGGAGUGCAUGACAGUAGCUGAGAUCUCCCAGUUCCUGAAGCUGACUUCAAUUAAGGAUCACCAGUGGCACAUUCAGGCCUGCUGUGCUCUCACUGGAGAGGGACUGUGCCAAGGACUGGAGUGGAUGAUGUCCCGGCUGAAGAUCAGAUGAUUUUUAAUGACCUCUUUGCACAGACAUUGCUGCAGCAGAGCUGUUCCAGUGGCACACUGGUGGGAGGAUGUAUUUAUACUGAACUGAUGGCAACUGUAUUUUCUACAUAGCUGCACACACACACACACACACACACACAGGGACAGGAACUGGGAGCAGGCACAGGAGCAGAGGAGCACUUUGGGUUCCGCUUUGGUUCGGGUUCCUCGGAGGACACGUUCAAAGCUGUGACCAGCCUUCUUUUCAAGCUGCCCCUUGGAACAGUCCAGCCUUGAGCGUGGGGAGGAUGAAACAAGAGGAAGGAGCUUUUAAUUUAGAGUUUUAUGAUCCCAUUGUAGCCUCUAGUUGCUGGCUUCGUUGUUCCAGUAAAUCAGCGAGCGAAAUCACUGGCGUAGGUAUGGAAUACUCCAGUGUUCCUAAGGCUGCCGAUGUUACAAAUGCAGAACUCUUUUCCUGUAUGUGUACUGUACAUAUUUGUGUAUAUUUAUACCUCAGUCCUAGGUUAAUUGCAAUCUGCUCAGACCAGUGUCAAGGUCAAUCAGUGUGUUGGCAGUAGUGCUGACGUGUGACACAGCCCCGUGUCACCGGUCCCGUCCCUCUGUGUCCCUGCGGCUGUAACGUCAAUCACACCAUGGCUCUCCACAACCUGAUCAACAAAUUCUGUCUUCAGCCCAUUGCUUGUUUUUUUUUCCACGUGAUUUUUUGUUUAGGGAGGAGGCUGGAAUGGAUUGAGGCACAUGGAUUGAGCUUCGAAUUCCAGGGUUGGCAAACAGAACAAUUUUGCAAAUGUUUCAAAUGAAAUGGAUUUUCCUCUUUUGUCGUGGUCAUCAUUGGAUUGGAUGAUGCUGCAGGUCCUGCCCACAUCUCUCCUUCUUUGCUCUGCUGGUUGAUUCAGGUCUGGCAGAAAUACCUUUAGCUGUCAAAAAGGGAAAAGCAUCUUUUUCUUUCUUAACCAAAGAAGAGGCACAAAGUAUAUUUGGAAGUGUCACUGUAAUUGUACAAGUCAGACUCUAAUGAAGCGUUUUUCAGAGGAAAACUCUCUUUGCUACAUGAAAUGUGCAGAUAUUAAAAUGUGCAGAUGUAUCAAUAUGCAGUGUAGGGGACUGGAUGGGGACAAAGCAGAUGACACUACCUGAAAAAGCUCCAAGUGGCUCACACGAGUUCCAGGGCAGAACUUGCUGAAAGCAGAACUCCCUUGUGUGGUCCCAAGCAGUGGGAGAACACUAGGAACACCUUUCCCUACUGGGUGGCUGUCCCAGGCAGAAGGGGUCAGAAUUCCCACUUCAGAGGAUCCAGGCAGUUGGGAAGACAGUGGAAGGUUGGAAAUGUCAGGCUCUUCUGUGGGAGAUGCGUUGGCAGUUCAGCAAAAUGAGACAAAACUGUGUUUAAAAUGUUCUUCCCUUUCUCAGCCCCCAUUUCUGGUAAGGAUGGAAAAGGCAUUUUAAAGACAUUUUAAAGCUUAGUUUGAACUUUUUAAGGUGCUUCUCUUUGGUUCUGGGAUAAUCUGGUCAGCUCCUGCCUUCCUGCCAACCUGCCUCCCUGGGAGCAGAGGAACCCUGGAGAAAGGAGGGGAGGCAGUCUCAAAGUCUGUAUUUAACAAAGGCAGGUAAAGAAUUUAACUUUUUAAUCUAUUUUUGGUAUCUCCAACGCUCCCUGGCUGGGGGAUCUGCUGUCUUUGUUAAACAUUAAGGUGUACAUGCAUAUAUCUCUAGUGCAUGCACAUAGAUCUUGGUAUUUAACUGGUGUAUUGCAAAAUGUAUCAAUGUUUGAAGAAUUAACAAUUUAAUGCAAAGACUCUCUCAGUUUCUCUGACAGUAUCUACAAGCAACGAGCUCUGUGCACACUUGCAUAUGAAAUGGAAUUGUACAUUUUCUAGUCUAAAAAAAAAAGAAAAAAAAAAGCAGACUUGCUUCUAAACCCAAGUGUUUGGUUUUUGAGUCUUACGUCUUCCCUGGGCUGAAUCCACAGAGGUUGGGUGAGCUGGGGGUUGGUUGCUCAGAAGAGGAGCUGUUGCUGUUCAUGGUGGAGCAGUGUUGGGAUUUCUGCUGCUUGGUGCAUUUGUAGGAGCUCUCUGUCAGGUGCUGCAGGUGUGAGCUGUGUUGCAAGCAGAUACUCUGUGUUUGUACAUCACUUGAGCUGGUUUUUUACUCUCUCCCUCCCUGUGCCACUUCCCCUUGCUGUGGCCUCUGAGGUUCACCUUGUCUUGGUUUCCCCAGUGAACACAGGGCCCAGCAGUCACUGCACACCUCAGGACUGGGUUUUCUGUGCCCUGAGGGGUUUAGAAUGCAAACAUUCAAUUGUUUUUUGUGUGUUGGUCACUGAACAAACCAGUGUUAACCUGACUGCAAACAUGCCAUGGGUCACUGUGAGCUUUCUGUGUAUUUUGUAUUUUUGAGGGCAAAUGUAGCCAGAAUUCAGUGGUGGCUGAUGUUUCCUGACACAUUGUGGUGUUGUGCAGAGCUUUUGGGGUUUAAAUGCUGAUUUUCAGUCUGUGGGGACAGUGGGGUUUGUCAGCAGAGGUAAUAAUUCCAGACUUCACCUGGAAUGAUUGCCAUGAUCAAUUCCAGACUCUGAUCAAUUCCAGACUCUCACCUGGAAGGAUUGCCAUGAUUGAUUUCAGACUUUGUGAUCAUUUCCAGACUCUCUGAUCAUUUCCAAACUCUCACCUGGAAGGAUUGCCAUGAUUAAUUCCAGACUUCGUGAUCAUUUCCAAACUCUCACCUGGAACAGUUGCUGUGAUGGUGCUUUGAAGUGCACGUGUGUGAACUUAGAAAUGUUUUAAAUUUAGUCAUUGAGGAAGGAGAGCAGCCAAACUUUUGAUCUCUCGACCCCAUUGUGUUUUGUAUAAGUGCUUCUUGUUGACAGCUUUUUUUUUUUUUUCUUUUCCCUGUAGGGCAAUUCCCAUUUUUCUCCCAGCUCUGUCCAUAGAAAAGCCAGGGAACUUUGGAUCAGUGCUGCUCCCAGUUGGGGAUUGUUGGGCAGGGAUUGUGUUACCCUGAGCCAUGACCUUGGUGUGUGAUGCUGUUGUUUCACCCUUGGACUUCUGCUGCCUUCCCUUCCAGCUGCAGCUCAAGCUUUGCCUUUGUUCUCUGUGAAAUUCAUCCUUAGGAAAAGGGAGGGGCCUUAAAAAUGGUUAUUGAAAUAAUGCUGCAAAAUGGAAUUUUAGCAGCAAAAAUCCAGGUCAUAUCUCAAUCUGAUACUUCAAAAUGUUUCUUUGUGUUUAGAAGAUCAUCAGUUUGGUAAAUCAUCUCUGGAAUACGCUGGGAAUUAUACAGGUCUUUAAUUGUGAGGAGAGGUGGAAAAUAAACGUGGGGAAUGUGAACAGCUUCAUUUUUUAAUAUGUUUUUUUCUUCUUGGGAGACUGAGUAGCUGCUCUGCUGAGCAUUGUGUAGGUUUGUGAAUGGUAAAUGCACCUGACGAGCACUUUCCACGUCUCUGCGGCUCAAGUGCCUAAAACUAGCCCCAAAAUCAGCUUUAUUUCCUAUGC